GAUUGCUGUUGUUUCACGCUAGUGUACUAUAGUCAUGUCUCGCGUGUAUCAAAGCAGUUUUCGGCCCAAGCAUACCGCUUUACCUUCGCCCACCACCAGUCCUGACAUCUAGCGAGGCUUGAAACGCAUCAGAGACAUAUGAAGAGUAGAACAUACCAGUAGCGCCUCGUCAGGAUGCCCACUGGUUAUUUGCAGAUAAACUUGGGUAACGAACGCCUGGCAAUGCCCGGAGCACUCAGAUUCGUGCCCGCACCUGACUUUUCACCACGCUGAACGCUGAAAUCCGAGCCCUGACUUGAGAUGGUACCUCCAAACAGACUUUGCAAGAGGCUGGGGCACGACGUCAACCCUCGUGUAGGAUGCGGAAACACACCCCGUCACGCAGGCUCCUACCGCGCACUUCAAGGAGCACUGGCUCGAGCAACGGGGCUUUGAAAGCUGCAUCCUUAUCUCUUUUCAAAAGUUUAGGGGCCUCACAUCACUAACCGAGCGAUGGUACAUGCCACCUGAAUCAUAAUCCAGACACGACGCAUGGAACUGCCAUAUGUGCCGAUCAGGCUGUCAUAUAUAGCAAUCCCAUGGGUCGUGUCUGCCGGGCCGAAGAACCAGGGGACCCCACAUGAGGUGGAUCAAGUCCAGUCAGAUUGAAGAACCAGGUAUGUUUGAUUUUUGCUUAAGGUGUUUUUUGCUCAAUGGAAGAACACCCUUUCUGGUGGAGUUUCUAUUUUUGGUCCGGUCCCUUAAGCAAAUCCCCGUCCCGCCAACUCUUCCAGUCCCGCAUAUAUGUUGAGGUCAUUCACUUGAGCUCCGUGCUCUCCUCCUUGGCGCAGCAGUGGCCGCGGGCCAUGGAGCUUUUGCGGUGCAUGGAGGAGGAUGGGAUGCUAUUGGACACGGUCUGCUUCAAUGCGGCCUUAAGCGCCUGCGCCAGCUGCGGGCAAUUUGAAGCCGCCUUGCAGCUCUUGGAGCAGAUGGACGCCUCUCAGGUGCCCAAGAGCUACGCCACCGCCAGCGCCGCGAUCGUCGCCUGCGGGCGACGCUGGCCUUGGGCGCUGCACUUCCUGGCCUCGAUGCCCAGGAACACCUUCUCCUACAGUGCGGCCAUCUCCGCCUGCGAAAAAAGCGGGGAACUGGAGCGUGAUGCUGCUGUUGUUGGAGGACAUGCAGCUUGGAGCGUCAGGCUGCUCGAGCGAGUGCCUUGGAAUGUGGUGACCUGCUCGGCGUGCAUCGCCGCCUGCGAGAAGGGCCGCGAGUGGCGCCGGGCGCUGCAGAUGCUGCGACAAAUGCGGGCAGCCGAGGCAGUGCGGAGGAAGAGCGGAGCCGCGUCGUUGGUUCGUGGAGCACACGCUGGCAAGGUGGAACCCAACACCUUCUCCUACAAUUCGGCCAUCUCUGCCUGUGAGCGUGGCUCCCAGCUGACGAACGCCUUGGAGCUUCUUCAGGCGACGAGACCGCAGCCGACCACGCAAGGGGUCCGUCGGCGAUUUCGGGAGCAGGAUGUGGUGACCUAUGGGAGUGCGAUCUUCGCCUGUGAGCAUGGUGGCCAGUGGCACACCGCCCUCAAGCUGUUGGAGGAGCAUGGUUUGGUUCACGGAUGGGGAAGAGGGGCUCCAGUCGUACCACCGAACCGAGAUGAGUGCGUACGACAUGGUAGGACCUUGAGGGUUUGGAAAACCACGGUCAGACGGGUUGUGCCGUGCGUUGUGGAGAUCGGCGGAGGAGAUGGGCGGCCGGCACAUCGAGAAGAACUGCGUGACCUGCAACGCGGCCUUGAGCGCCUGCGGGGGAGCUCGCUGGAGAAUAGAGGCAAGUUAGCCUAUAGAGUGAGCAUGAGUGAGCUUCUUAGGCCUAAAACUCCGCAAAAGUUGGAAAUUGUUGGUGCCCUUGGCAAUUUCGACCAGAAGGAUCAUGUAUGCGUGGAGGGUAUCUUCAUCCCCAAGGUUGGCCUGGCCUUGGGAGGAAGAGCUUCCUAA